UGAUUUUAUGACGAUCUAACAGCUUCUCUGUUUGUUUCUUUUGUAAUUUUUUAAUUUUCUUAUAAAUUGCUGCGAUUAAUUACUUAUAUCAGCAUUAUCAAAGCUCACUUACUAACAUUUUUCACAGAAAAUGUCUUCACCGGUGGAGGAAAGCGUGCGACGAAACAGUGAGAGCGAGAAUGGUGAAGCUGAGACCCCUGAACAUGACCCACACUUCGAUCCAAUAGUGUCUCUACCGUUGGUCGACAUUCAAACAAAUGAAGAAGAUGAGGAAGAGCUGGUGAAAAUACGCGCACGGCUUUAUAGAUAUGACACCGGCGAUCACGAAUGGAAGGAGCGGGGAACAGGCGACAUAAAACUGUUGCGUCACACUGGCAACAAUACAGUUAGAGUUGUUAUGCGUCGUGACAAGACAUUAAAAGUAUGCGCCAACCACUUCAUCACACCAGAUAUCAGGAUGAAUGUACACUGUGGCUCUGAUAAGGCUUUCAACUGGUCUGUGUUUGCUGAUUUUGCUGACGAACAAAUGAAGCAGGAAUUAUUGGCUAUCAAAUUUGGGAAUUCACAAAAUGCUGAACUGUGGAAAACCAAAUUUGCUGAAGCGCAGGAGGUUGUCAGGACCAAGUGUAGUCUUUACACUAAUGACCUAUCAUCUGAUUCUGAUGAUGAAAGUAGUAUUACACAAAGCGAAGAUACAGAGACGCCAGAGCCUAAAAUCGGUGACAAAGCCCCUGAUGAUGACUGCAAGAAAGAACCUUCCGAUGAGAAAGACUCAGAUGGCAUUGUUUUAAAACUAAAAGAACUUAAAGUGCAAAGUGAAAAAUCUGAAUAACUUUUAACACUUUAAUUAAUAAAUAAUACAUGUAAUGAAUUCCAUUUAUUUUGUAUAAAGUUUGAUAUUAAUUUACGUAUUAGGCUAAGGCUGCUUUUCCACUAGAGAUGUGCUAUGCUACAUUGCUAUUUUCAUUGCUCCACCCAGCUUAGCAUUGGUGGAAACAAGUUCAACAAAGCUAGGUUUUAUGUGAAGGGAUGUGUGCUAUGGAUGAGAGCUACAGAUGGGAGCUAUAAUUAGAGCUACGGUCUACGUGUGCGUUGAGUCGCACAUUUGCCUUGCACAGCUACCUCGCGGCGGCGUAUCUUAAUAGCACAUCUUAGCCCCUCCGCUAUACCUCUUAGCAUUAGUGGAAGUGGUCACAUAGUUCUGUAGCUGACCUUUGACCUCUUCACAGCAUGGCUGCAUAGCACAUCUCUGGUGGAAAAGCAGCUUAGGCAUGAGU